UAAUGACAUAAUCUGUGAACACAUUUACUAUCAAAUAUUUCAUGGCUGACCAUCGUAUAGCAAAACAAUAAAAUCGCGCUAAUUAUCAAACAAAACAUUACAUUAACUUAAAAAAAUGUCCACAGUCGUAUCUGACUGUUUCACUAUCGGCAGCAUUGUCGCGACACGGACAUGUUAUAACGAGGAUAUCGAGGGAGAAGUACUAGCUUUUGACCCACAAACUAAAAUGUUAAUUUUGAAAUGUCCAUCGUCAAGUGGUAAUCCUAAGCGCCACGACGUUAACAUCGUCAACUUGUCCCUGGUAAGCGACGUCCAAAUCAAGAAAGAAGUGACCGCCGUGCCGGAGCCACCUCGGUCUAUAAAUCUCCACAGGUUGAACACGAGAGUAAGAAACGCAAUUGAAAAUAAAAAAAGGCUUGUGUCGGCACUAUCAGCCUGCCUAGAUCCGGAAGGUCAGCGGCUAUUUCUCGCCAUCGCCAGAGUUAUAGAUGACGUCUCAUGGACAGGACAAAGCAUUCGUGUUUAUAACGAAGUGACCAUCACGCCCCCUUAUAAGGUUGAAAACGUAAUAGGGGAGCAAGAGUCAAAACCUUAUAACUACAUACGCAAAUUCGUCGAACGGCACUGGAAGGAGCACCGAGACCACGCGGCGGCCAACUCCUCACGACACCAAUAAAUAUAUAAUAUAAAUAAACGCCUAUCAUUGUCUCAAUUGACGAUUAUACCUACCUGAUAUAAGGCCACGGCCAUAUGAGCGAUGCUCGACAAAGCGUUCUUGAGACUUUAAGUAAUUUGUAGUCAACUUCACCGGUUGAUGAUAAAGUUUCGUAUAGUUUUAUCGUACAUAAGUUUAUCCAACUGAUAUGAUUCUGAUUUCAUUUUCUAUCAUCAAACUCCACUGUAAAAUCAAUAGCUUCUUUUAUCUCGUAAAUAAGGGGCCGAUAGGCUAUUUGAAAGUUUAUCAGAAAACCGGUGAAAUUGGCCUUUAAAAUUAGUUUUUUUUUUUGUUUUUGACUAAUUUUGUUAAAUAAAAACUUAUUUAAAACA